AUGUCUUCAUCUCAGAAGGAUGACAAUGUUAUCACCGCUUACCCCAACUACUAUCCCGACCGUCAAACGCAAGAACUUCCCGGUAAGGACCAGGCCAUGGACCCCAUCGCCGAGCACAUCAAAGUCGAAAAAUGGGACAAAGACGGCAAGCCUUAUCUCGAAGAUUACAAGGGCACUGGCAAGCUCCAAGGCAAAUCUGCCAUCGUCACUGGAGGUGACAGUGGCAUCGGUCGAAGUGUAGCUCUCUUUUUCGCUCGUGAAGGUGCCAACGUCACCAUUGCUUACUUACCUCAAGAGGAAGCUGAUGCUGACAAGGUGGAAGAUCUGGUGCGCAAAGCCCCCAUGGGAACCAAAGAGAUCCUUCGUGUUCCCGUCAACCUCGAAAAGGAAUCCGAUUGCAAGCUCAUCGUCGACAAGCACCUCGAGAAGUGGGGCUCGAUCGACAUUCUCGUCAACAACGCAUCCAAGCAGGUCCCUUGUCAGAACUUUGAGGAGAUCGAUCUCAACGUUGCCGAAAGCACCUUCCGUAGCAACAUCCUCGGUGCUUUUGCCCUUACCAAGUUCGCUUUGCCUCACAUGAAGCGCGGCUCGGCCAUCAUUCAGUCUACCUCGGUUACCGCCUACAAGGGCAGUGCGGCUAUGAUCGACUACAGCUCUACCAAAGGUGCUCUUGUUUCUUUCACUCGUAGCAUGGCUUCCCAUCUCGCUCCCCGUGGUAUUAGGGUCAAUGCCGUAGCUCCAGGUCCAAUUUACACUCCUUUGCAGCCUGCUAGUCGCAGUGCUGACAACAUGGAAGGCUGGGCUAUUGGAGGUGCUCCUCUGCACGGUAGACCUGGUCAGCCUGCCGAGUUGGGUGCCACUUAUGUCUACCUUGCCGAUGCAGGUGCUUCUAACAUCAUGACUGGCCAGGUUCUUCACCUUUCUCAUGGAAGCUGGUUCGGUUCUUAG